UGUUGCCCAGGCAGUUUGGGUAGGUAAUUACACGUGACCGUUGUCCGAGUCUAACGCGGAAUCCGCGCCGAACUUCCAUCUUUAUUACCCUCACUCAGGAAAAUCAUGUCUUCAGGUGUCGUGAACGUAUUUGUAGUCUCUCCCGAUACUCGGUCUGAGAGACGUCUCGAGCUCCAUACGACAAUCGGGCAAUUGAAGGGCAAACUGGAACUGAUUACAGGCAUUCCGGUUGCAAAUCAAUAUAUAUCGCUAUUAAAUUCGGAUAGCGACCCUACGAUCGUUGCACAGUUGUCCGAUGAUAGCAAACCGCUGGGUUUUUACGGCGUUAGAAGCCUGCAAGUACUGAAAGUAGAUGAUUUGGACCCUUCAACAUCAUUUACGGGGCAAUUAACAGAUACUUCACAAGUGGAAAAGUUCGAGUUAACCGAAGCGGAGUACGCGGCGCGACCAGAUACUGUAUUGGCAUAUAAGCAACGCCACCAAGUGGGUAGAUUUGCACCCAAGGACGAACCCAAAACACGGCCUACUCCCGAAAUCAAUAUUCCGGUAGGCUCUCGGUGUGAGGUUGAAUCUUCGGAACCUGGGUUCAGCAAACGAGGAACUGUACGUUUCGUUGGACUAACGAAAUUUGGAUCUGGUGAAGGUGUAUGGGUAGGAGUGGAGUAUGAUGAACCUUUUGGUAAGAAUGAUGGGUCAGUACAAGGGGAAAGAUAUUUCGAAUGCCGGCCAAAGUACGGCGUCUUUGUCCGACCUGAGAAAGUAAAAGUUGGUGAUUUCCCUCCCGAGGACAUCGACUUUGAUGAAGAAAUGUGAAUGUAUCCUUUAUAAGAAUAAUAUUAUGUUACUGGUCCCCCGUCGUGCCAAUAUAGUCUCGAUCUGUCUCUUGUCUGCCUCUACUUCGCCUGCGGUGCUC